CCCAUGUCCUGUUGCAGCAUCUGAUGAAGUAAGCUGCUGCUUACGAAAGAGCCCGCAUCUCUGAUUUAGGUAACCUGUAAGGUGCCAGUCUACCCUGCCUUGUGCUGAUGUAGUAACUGCGAGAGCAACCACAUGCAGGAUUGCAAGUGGAGAUUGAGUCCUGCGCCAUCACUCCUCCCUUCUUCCAAAAUAGCAACAGUCAUCAGCUGAGUUACUUUACUUAUGGAGACAAGGAUUCACAAAUUAAAACAGAACUUAACAGAGUUUCAGAACAUGAGUGAAAACCUGAAGGACUGUUUGAUCCAGACCCAGACUUCCUUAGGGGAGAUGGUAACAAUAAAGACUGAGGCCUGUUCUCCACACCGGGACCAGGAGUAUGGACAACCCUGCUCUGGGAGGCCUGACCCACAGUCCAUGGAGAUAGAGCCUAAGAAACUGAAAGGGAAACGGGACUUAAUAAUGACAAAGAGCUUUCAACAAGUAGAUUUCUGGUUUUGCGAGUCCUGCCAGGAGUACUUUGUGGAUGAGUGUCCAAACCAUGGUCCCCCUGUGUUUGUGUCAGACACUCCAGUGCCUGUUGGGAUCCCUGACCGGGCAUCACUGACCAUCCCGCCUGGCAUGGAGGUUGUGAAAGAACCCAAUGGGGAGAAUGACGUGCGCUGUAUGAACGAGGUUAUCCCCAAAGGUCAUAUCUUUGGGCCAUAUGAGGGGCAGAUCUCCAGCCAGGACAAGUCAGCUGGAUUUUUCUCUUGGCUGAUUGUUGAUAAGAACAACCGCUACAAAUCCAUAGAUGGGACAGAUGAAACCAAAGCAAACUGGAUGAGGUAUGUGAUCAUAUCCCGAGAGGAGAGAGAGCAGAACUUGAUGGCCUUUCAGCACAGUGAGAGGAUAUACUUCCGAACCUGUCGUGACAUCCGGCCUGGGGAGAGGCUGCGGGUCUGGUACAGUGAGGAUUAUAUGAAGCGGUUGCAUAGUAUGUCCCAGGAGACUAUUAACAGGAACCUCACAAGAGGCGAUAAAAAAUCACAGAGAGAAAAGUCAGAAAAAAAUGUGGAAAAUCAAGAGGACAUGAGAGGCCCUCUUCAGCUUACCACAUUGAAGCAAGGGAAGAGCCCUUACAAGCGGAGCUGUGAAGAAGCAGAAUCCCAUCCCCAGACAAAGAAAAAGAAGAUAGAUCUCAUCUUCAAAGAUGUCUUAGAGGCUUCCCUGGAGUCAGCAAAGCUGGAAGAGCACCAGCUAACCACGAGCACCCCACUUUCCAUUAGAAAGGCAUCUAAAUACCAGACUGAAGAUGUCUUUGAAAGGUGUGGAACUACCAUUCAGCAUAGCUCCCCAAACCUCAGCAGAAACCGAAGUGAGGGAGAAUGGAAGGUCCCCCAUAGUUCCUCUUUUAGCACAGCCAAAGAGAUGGGUCUCCUGGAAGAUGAAGAAGAAGAGCCUCUGUCACUCAAGGCAGACAGCCCUACUGAACCAUCUCUGGCAUCCACUCAAGGCAAUUCACAUGAAAUCCCCACAACUUCCUUUUGUCCCAACUGCAUAAGGUUGAAAAAGAAGAUCCGAGAACUGCAGGCUGAGCUAGACAUGUUGAGAUCUGGCAAGUUACCUGAGCAGCCUGCUCUAGCACCUCAGGUACCUGAGCUUCAAGAGUUCUCUGACCCCACAGCUUCGGAAAGCAUCAUCUCGGUUCCUACAAUCAUGGAGGAUGAUGACCAGGAGGUGGAUUCUGCCGAUGAAUCGGUAUCCAAUGAUAUGAUAGCUGCUACAGAUGAGCCUUCCAAGAUGUCUUCUGUGACUGGCAGGAGGAUUCGACGCUUCAAACAAGAAUGGCUUAAAAAGUUCUGGUUUCUACGGUACUCCCCAACAUUAAAUGAAAUGUGGUGCCACGUUUGUAGGCAGUACACAGUGCAAUCCUCUCGGACUUCAGCCUUCAUCAUUGGCUCUAAGCAGUUCAAGAUACACACUAUAAAGCUUCACAGCCAGAGCAACCUCCACAAGAAGUGCCUGCAGCUCUACAAGCUCAGAAUGCAUCCAGAGAAGACAGAAGAGAUGUGCCGAAAUAUGACCCUGCUCUUCAACACGGCCUACCACUUGGCUUUGGAAGGCAGGCCCUACUAUGACUUUAGGCCUCUUGCAGAACUACUGAGAAAGUGUGAACUCAAAGUGGUGGAUCAGUACAUGAAUGAAGGAGACUGCCAAAUCUUAAUUCAUCAUAUUGCCCGGGCUCUUCGAGAGGAUCUGGUGGAACGGAUCAGGCAAUCUCCCUUCCUCAGCAUCAUCCUGGAUGGGCAGAGUGAUGACUUGCUGGCUGACACAGUUGCAGUUUAUGUGCAGUACACAAGCAGUGAUGGGCCUCCAGCAACUGAAUUCCUGUCUCUUCAAGAACUGGGUUUUUCAACAACAGACAGUUACCUCCAAGCAUUGGACAGGGCUUUUUCCAGUUUGGGAAUAAGAUUGCAGGAUGAGAAGCCAACUAUUGGUUUGGGAGUAGAUGGUGCUAACAUUACUGCCAGCCUGAGAGCUAACUUGUUCAUGACAAUCAGAAAGACAUUACCUUGGUUGCUUUGCUUGCCAUUUAUGGUACACAGGCCUCACUUGGAAAUUUUAGAUGCAAUCAGUGGAAAAGAGCUUCCAUGUCUGGAGGAGCUAGAAAACAAUUUGAAGCAGUUACUCAGCUUUUAUCGUUACUCCCCCAAGUUAAUGUGCGAGCUGCGAGUCACUGCUGCCACUCUUUGUGAGGAGACCGAGUUCUUGGGAGACAUCCGAGCAGUGAAGUGGAUCAUUGGGGAGCAGAAUGUCCUUAAUGCUCUAAUCAAGGAUUACCUGGAAGUUGUGGCCCAUCUGAAAGAUGUCAGUGGUCAAACACAAAGAGCGGAUGCUUCUGCCAUUGCCUUGGCUCUCCUGCAGUUCCUUAUGGACUACCAGUCGAUUAAACUAAUCUACUUCUUGCUGGAUGUGAUCGCUGUGCUUUCACGCCUCGCCUAUGUCUUCCAAGGUGAAUAUCUCCUUGUGUCACAAGUGGAUGACAAAAUAGAGGAGGCUAUCCAGGAGAUCAGCAGGCUUGCAGACUCGCCUGGGGAAUAUUUGCAGGAAUUUGAAGAGAACUUCCGAGAAAGCUUUAAUGGCAUUGCUGUGAAAAAUCUACGGGUGGCUGAAGCCAAAUUCCAGUCAAUCAGAGAAAAGAUCUGCCAGAAGACCCAAGUGAUCCUAGCCCAAAGGUUUGAUUCACGUAGCCGGACAUUUGUGAAAGCAUGUCAGGUAUUUGACCUUGCAGCUUGGCCCAGAAGCACUGAGGAGCUCAUGAGCUAUGGAAAGGAAGACAUGGUGCAGAUAUUUGAACACCUGGAAACAGUCCCAUCAUUUUCCAGAGAGGUUUGCAGAGAAGGAAUGGACAUCAGAGGAAGUUUGCUGAUGGAAUGGCGAGAACUCAAGGUGGAUUAUUAUACCAAAAAUGGUUUUAAAGACUUACUUGGUCACAUUUGUAAAUACAAACAGAGAUUCCCACUGUUAAAUAAAAUAGUUCAGAUCCUUAAAGUCCUUCCCACCUCAUCAGCCUGCUGUGAGAAGGGACGCAAUGCCCUUCAGAGAGUGCGCAAAAACAACCGCUCUCGCCUCACUCUGGAACAGCUCAGUGAUCUUUUGACGAUUGCUGUUAAUGGGCCAGCCAUUGCCAACUUUGAUUGCAAGAGAGCACUAGAUAGUUGGUUUGAAGAGAAAUCAGGCAAUAGUUAUGCACUGUCAGCAGAAAUGCUGAGCAGAAUGUCCUCCCUUGAUCAGAAGCCGAUGCUGCAGAGCAUGGACCACGGCUCUGAAUUUUACCCUGAUAUUUAGGAAGGAAUGCCUCAACUUCAGAAAGCUGUUGAAUAAUUUUUUUUUUAAAUCUAUACUCUAAACUUUGAUAUAUUAUAUAAGAUAUAUAUAUAUAUAUAUAUAUAUUAUAUAUAUGAAA